AUGCUUUGCGCACAUACGUUUGCAAAUGAAGAUGUCGUAAGAGAUGUCCAACAUGAAUGUGAAGUAGUUGUUCAUCAGAAUCAACCUCUAGAUAAUCUUUGUGUAGAAGAUGCAAUGGACAUUCCUCUAGCAGCCCCUGUAGUUGUUGGGCUCGAUGACGAGGGCGAGGGAGACCGUAAUGUCAGUAACUAUCUCAUGCAAACAAGUUUGCUAGAAUCUGGUGCUUUGAACCGUGUCCUUUGUUCAAGAAAAAUGAUGGAGGUUUUCGACAACGUGUCCCCGGAAGUGAUGAUUGAAAGUGUGGGCUCCUGUUCGGGUGGUGAUCCAAUAGAAGACAUAGAUGUUAUUGAUGUUUUUGAUUAA